AAAGGUAAUUGAAACAAACCUAAAACUCCUUUUCCCAUUAUUCUAGAGGUAGAUCCGAUUAUUGUUGACUUAAACAUCGGAGUGUCUACCCCGAGGACCCACCUUGGGGCUUUGUAGACAACCCACAUUAACCGAGAUCUGAGCUGUGGUCUCUCAAUCUCAUCUUUGCAUGAAGUUCCCAACCCCUAUGGGGAUAGCAACACUACAAGGUAACCAGGAGGUAGCUAGACAUUGCUAUAUUACCUCGGUUACAAGGCCUCAGAAAGGCAAAGAUCAGACACCAGAAAUCAUUCCCCAACAAGUUAAUGAUAAUCAGCAGGAAGUACAAAUUGAUGACAGAGAUCAAAACAGGAAGACACAAAUUGGAACUCGGUUAAGUCCAAAGGAAAGAGCAGAGCUAAUAGCUUUCCUCCAAGCUAACAAAGAUGUCUUCACUUGGACCUCAGCAGACAUGCUAGGAAUUCCAACCUCAGUAUCUCAACACAAGAUCAGCACCAAUCCAUUGAAGAAACCAGUAACUCAGAAGCGACAUCUCUUUGGGGGGGAGAGGCUUCAGCAUCAAGUGCCAAUGGCUUCGGAGGAUGAAGAGAAAACCUUGUUCUAUGCAGGUGAUGAAAUUUAUUGCUAUGUCAUGAUGCCCUUCGGCUUAAAGAAUGCAAGUGCCAGUUACCAAAAAAUGGUGACCAUCAUCUUCUGCACUCAGAUCGGCAGGAACCUGGAGGUUUAUGUCGAUGACAUUGUGUUAGUAGAUAAGUGCCUGCCAUUCUUCAAAAUCAUGAGGUCAACAGCCCAGAAGGAUGAUUCUGGCAAACAGAAGAAGUUUGAACGGAACCAAGAAUGCCAAGCUGCAUUUGAUGAGCUGAAGUCUUAUCUUAGCUCACUACCUCUGCGGACAAAGGCUAUAGAUGGAGAAAUUCUCUAUUUGUACCUUGCAUCAAAUAGCAAGGGCUCAGGAGCUGGUGCUUUCCUAGUGGGUCCAAAUGGAUAUCAAAGUAAGCAUGCUUUAAAAUUUAACUUUGAUGCCAUUGAUAAAAUGGCUGAGUAUGAAGCUCUGCUACUUGGUCUGCAACUAGCAUUGGAGUUGAAGGUCACGACCAUAAGAGUCCACAAUGACUUGCAACUUGUGGUCUAUCAAGUCAACUUAGUUUGCGAGGUUGUUGAUCCUGUCAUGGCGAAAAAGGCUGGUCUAACAGGGUUUGAAACUCAUUUUGGUAAACUGGCCUCGAACUGGGAAGGCCCUUACACAAUGGUCGAAGUGCCACAUCCUGACGCCUAUAUCCUCCAGGACGUUGAAGGGAAGCAAGUUUCUAGAGUCUGGAAUAUCAAUAACUUGAAGAAAUUUUACCUUUAAUAAAGUUCUUUCAAGUGAUCUUCGUCUUAUUCUUCUUUAUAAUUAUUACUUUUUCAUUUCUGAGAUUCAUUUCAUCUGUUAUUUUAUAUAUCCGAGGUCAAUCUGUUUGGAAUUUAUUCCUUGGACUUCAAUUUUAUUAAUGAAAUUCACUUCAUAUC